AUGUUCAUACGAAAAUUAUUACCUAUUUUAAGGACAACACGCAGAAUCCAUAGCAAAGUUUCAGUUAUUAGAAGUCGUUAUUUUGCACCGGUUACUUUGGGAUUACUUACAACUACAGCAUUUUGUGAAGACUCUGAUUUACAAGAAGGUAGUCUGGAGCAUGAAUUUCUUAUACGCCAAGCAACGACUGUUAAUGUAAAUGCAGCGACUCAACUUCUGACUGUUACUCUAGUCGCAAUUCAAGAUACAAGCGAAAGAUUGAGGGAAACACUGUCAAAAGAAAUAUGUUUAGUACAACAAGCAAUGGAAUGGGGGGAUGGCACACCCUCCCAGCACUGGGACCAACUGGUAGCUGUACGUGGUACUCUCUCUGACUUAAAACACAAUCUGAGGACUCUUUUUAGUUAUAUGGAUUAUGUUGAAAAGGUUGCAACAGCAGCAGCAGAAAUUUCUUACCUCUCAGGGAAUGUUGCUGCAUCUGAUGCUAUUUGUGAAAGGAUACAUCAUGCCACUAGGACUUGCAACACCCAAAAGCAGUUGAAUCAAGCGCUUCAGCAAGAGAGCUUAGAAAUACAACAGAAGGCCAUCAUAUCUUCACCACAGCUCGAAGAGAAACUGAAAAAUAAUGAAUCCUGUGAUAAAACGUGUAACAAGAAAUAA